AUGAAAAAGACACAAAGAAUUGAUCUUUUCUUUAGAAAGAAUUAUGAAGAUUCAACAUCUCAAGUAAAUCCAUAUGCAAGUAUUGAACCACUGAAUUUUGAAAGUCGUCCAGAAAAAUCUCAAAGAGUUGAAAUCAUUGAGAAGUUUGAUAUUCAAUCAUUAGAACGUGAUUCGGGAUUGAGACUACUAAUAUGGAAGUGCCCCAUUGACAAGCGUGAUGAAGUUAGGAGAGCUUAUAUCAAGGUCGACCCAUAUCAAUGUUUGCUUUCAAAGUAUCCAAAAUCGAGAGAAAAACAUCCGCGUAGUUUUCAAACAUCUUGGUUUAAGUUAUUCCCUUCUUGGUUAGAAUAUUCUCCUAGUAAAGAUGUAGCAUUUUGUCUACCAUGUUAUUUGUUUCAUACUAAAGAUGGCCUUUUCGGGUUGGAUGCUUUUACUAUCAAUGGUUUUCGAUCAUGGAAGAAAGUCAGAGAUGGAAAAAAUUGCUCUUUUUUAGCACAAAUUGGGAAAGAUUUCACAUCCCCUCACCGAAAUGCCGAGAAAGCUUGUGCGGAUCUCAUGAACCAACAAUUACACAUUGCACAACAUAUUGAGAAAUUCACAUCUCAAGAAAUAGUAGAGAAUAGACUUCGCUUGAGAACUUCAAUUGAGGCAACGAGAUGGCUUUCAUUUCAAGGAUGUUCUUUUAGAGGUCAUGAUAAGUCAAUAACAUCAAUGAACCAUGGAAAUUUUUUAGAGCUAUUGAGUUUCAUUGCCUUUUUUAAUGGUGAAGUAACAAAAGUUCUUGAUAAAGCUCCACGAAAUGCAUCAUAUACAUCACCAACCAUACAAAAGCAAAUUUUGCAAGUGUUGGCAACUAAAGUAAAAAGUGCUAUCCAAGAAGAAAUUGAGAUCGGCUUUAUACAAGACCGUUUCUUUGGAGUUGUUCAUGUUAAGGACACUAGUGCAUCAACAUUGAAAGAAGGUAUCUUUUCUAUCUUAUCUCGUCAUAAUCUUGAUGUUCAAAAUAUUCGCGGACAAGGUUAUGAUGGUACAAGUAACAUGCGUGGAGAAUGGAAUGGAUUGAAAGAUUUAAUCUUGGAUGAAUAUCCUUAUGCUUAUUAUGUUCAUUGUUUUGCACAUCGAUUGCAAUUGACAUUAGUAGCUUCAUCAAAGGAAGUCAUCCUUGUCCAUCAGUUUUUCACCAAGUUGAACUCCAUUAUUAAUGUUGUUGGGGCUUCAUGUAAGCGCAAUGACCAGUUAAAAGCUGCUCAUGCCUCAAAUAUUGUGCACUUGCUUAGUAUUGAUGAGCUUGAAAGCGGGAGGGGUCUUAACCAAAUUGUUUUACUUAAUAUUAUUGAAGAUGGAACUACACGUGCUCACCAUGGAGAUGCCGAUGCAGCUUAUGAGUUGCAAGAGUUGAGGAAUAGGUUUGAUGAUAAAGCAAUGGAGCUAAUUAUUCUCAGUUCAUCGUUAGAUUCAAAAGAGAUGCGUAUAUCAUUCAGACUUGAUGAUAUUUGCAAGUUGGUAGAGAAGUUUUAUCCACAAGACUUUGAAGAUUAUGAGAUUUUACAAUUGAGAAUGCAACUUUGA